GUGCGAUGGUCCAUCUCUAGCAGAAGCUCACAAAUAAUGUACUAACGCAUUGCGCGAUACUUUGAGGACUUCCACCUAUAAGUAUGCUGUGCUAAAGCUGAGAACACCCCUUUACACCCAAAACUGUGCCGUAAAAGUGGAAAAGAUAACGAAAGUGCACAAGUGAAAACCAAUUUGCAGCCGCCUCCAAAAAAAAGACAUAAAAACAGGUGGAAAAGCAACAGCUGUCCGCUUCUGACAGCUGCGCUCUCCGCGCUCUCACACUCCAGGCGAGAGCUAACGGCGAAUACCCUCUCAUUCGCCUGCAGUCGUGUAUUUGCUGUCGAGCGAGUAGAGAGCACUUUUUUGGGAGUUUAACAAUCCAGCGCAACUAUUGUUUAUUUAUGAGAGAGCGCCAGUCUUUGGAAAAUUGAGUUAUUAAACGCCCAGAUCGAGACCAGAGAACCUAGCAACCAAAGGCCAGCAUGGGUAACGAGACCUCACUGCCCAUGGACAUGUGCUCCAACUUCGAUGCGGACGAGAUCCGUAGACUGGGCAAGCGAUUCCGCAAGCUGGAUCUGGACAAUUCCGGGGCCCUGAGCAUAGACGAGUUCAUGUCGCUGCCGGAAUUGCAGCAGAAUCCGCUGGUGCAGCGGGUGAUCGAUAUCUUCGAUGCGGACGGCAAUGGAGAGGUGGACUUCAAGGAGUUCAUCCAGGGCGUGUCACAGUUUAGCGUGCGCGGCGAUAAGCUGUCCAAGCUGCGAUUCGCCUUCCGGAUCUACGAUAUGGACAAUGAUGGUUACAUCUCGAAUGGGGAGCUGUUCCAGGUGCUCAAGAUGAUGGUGGGCAACAAUCUGAAGGAUACACAGCUGCAGCAGAUCGUGGACAAGACCAUUUGCUUUGCGGACAAGGACGAGGAUGGCAAGAUAUCGUUUGAUGAAUUCUGCUCGGUGGUGGGCAACACCGAUAUACACAAGAAAAUGGUUGUCGAUGUUUAGGAGCCACAUAUAAGUACUAUAUACAUAUGUAUGUAGCCAUAUGUAUGAUACUAUCUAUGUAUGUAUGGCUGCGUUCCGUAAUGAGUGUGUGUACCUUCCCUUCCUUGAAACCUGUUCAGCUUUAUAUUAAACGGUCUGUCUGUGAGUCUGUGAGGGCGUUUGAGGCGUGCCAAAAACGUUGCAGUUUACUCAACUUAUUGAUACCUAUCGCAUAUAUAGUACACGUUAUUCUAAACCUGAUCGAUCUCUCAUCCACAGAAUGCAAUAAAUUGUGUCUUAUACUCAUACUUGAAACCACCGGCAACGGACCACUCACCAAAACAAAAAAACCAAAAAAAAAAGAAAAAAAACUCAUCUAUCCUAUGAAUCAUGCUUUCCAUGACUUGUCCCAUUCGAAAUGCCAUACCUGCGAGGUUCGAACUACCCUGCGAUUAGGAUCGCAUCAUCUUAAACUAGUUUGUACUAUAUCCUAACUCUACGUUCAAUUCAAGCCUAACACUUAAGUUCAUCUCUCGACUAAAUGUUGUGUAUAAGAUAUGUAAAAAAGAGAAAGAAAACUACAACUACAACUACAACUACAACUACAAUUAAACACUGUUUAUCGAAAAGCUAAACUCAAAACCCCGAA